GUCUCUGAAUCGUCGAGGCGUACGGUACUGAAAGCCGGACAGCAACAGGCACAACAAAACGCGAUGCGGUCCUAAUUAUUCGUGUCGCCAAAAAACUACAACUAAAUUACUAAAAAUAAAUACAAAACAAAUCUAUAACAAAAAGAAAAAACGCGCAAAUUAAUCGUUUUUGUUCGCCAAGGAGGAGAAAAUAAAUAGAAAUUAUAUUAUUUCUUCCAUUGGAAAUUUUCGUAAAAAGUUUUGUUGUCGGUCGUCGUUUUGUUAAGUGCGUUGCUGCAAACGUUGUGUAUGUGUUUUGUUAAUUACAAUUUUAAAUUUUCUGCAUAAAUUUGAAAUUUUUACACAACGCGAUUAUUUCAUUGUCUGACGCGCGUUGCCAUCGUCCAUGAACAUCGCGCGUGAUGCACAUAUGAAAGAAGAUCUAUAAGAAAGUUGAGCAAAAGAAAUAGAAAAGAAGUAAUAGUGAUACCAGUAAAGUUCCUUAACACACUGAGUCAAGGAGACACAAAGAGCAAGAGAGAAAGAGAGAUUGGAAAAGUGUAACAGAGUCAUAUUCCAACUAACGGCCCAGCAACAACAAUAAUAGUUCCUUGUUAGAAAGCCAAUCUAUAAAAUGAUUUCACACAGUCCACCCAUAUUCAGUCACAGUCCACCCGUUAGUUUCUUAGCGGACUACAUGAGCGGACAUCAGCGUCAAACAUUGAACUACAAUGACGAACCCAACCGAGCGUCGCGUUAUUGUCGUCCUCAGGCUGUAACUCUGGCCUCCAAAGCCAUGGUCAACAAUGCAUCCAAUGCGGCCCAGGGCCAACAGUUGCCCGCUAAGACCGGCGGAACUCCGCUUGGCGUCGGCAGUCGCUCCGGCCGUAGCUAUUUGGAGCGCAUGGUGUCGGCGCCAUCGCUUAAUACACAGCCAAAAUCGUGCCUUAGCCGUAAAUCCUGCCUGCACAAAAGCAAUCAAAGUUCCACUAAUCAAACCACAAAUGCUGCCCCAACGGAAAACGUAGAUGUUACCGACAGCAGCAACAACAGCAGCAACAGCGGCAAGAGUUGCAACAGCAGCAGCGUUAGAUGCAGCUCCAAUUGCAACAAAACUAGCGACAUCGAUGGCGUGGCACACUGCGAGCAAAGUCGCAAAAAGCAUGUGAUUUUUGCGGACGAUGAGGGCCUAUCGCUAACCGAGGUUCGCGUCAUGUCGGAACCCUCGAAUGUGCCACCCUAUUGGAGCAUGAAGUUUUUGGAACAAAUCACACAGGGCUUGGUCAGCCCGCAUCCGCCAGAUCAGUGGACCGUGGACUUCAAACAGCCUGCCUCCGACUAUCUGACAUUUAGACAAAAGAUCGAGAGGGACUUUGUGUCGCUGGAGAACGUCAUUGUCAAGGAUGAGGAAUCGAUUGUGGUGGGCACCAUUAAGGUGCGCAACAUCGACUUCCAAAAGGAGGUGAUUGUGCGCGUCACCUGGGAUGACUGGAAGAGCCAGCAGGACAUAUUCUGUACAUUUGCCCGGGCCUAUGGUCCUUCCACGUGCGCUCACGUGGUCUUCGAUACAUUCUCAUUCAAGAUCACGCUUCCGCCAUCCUCUAAGCGUCUGGAAUUCUGCAUAUGCUACCGCUCCAACGAUAACGAAUACUGGGACAACAAUGAUGGUAAAAACUAUACCAUCAGCAAGAGAUCGCCCUUCUAUUAUAAUGCUCUGUCGCCUUAUGAUAAGGGACAAAAUCGCAAUUCCAGUCAGCAAUUGCGAUCGACUUUAACGGAUGCUUUGUCCAAGGCCCAGCAACAGAGCAACUGGACCCAGGAGACCAAUACGCCCUAUUGGUAGAGAACACUGCACAUUGAGAUUUGAGAGUGUAAAUUAAAGCUAACUGUAUGUAGCUAUAAACAGGUCUGUCCGGCUGGAUACGUCGCGUAUGGGGAGUCACCCAUGAGGGUCUAAGAGGACCUUCGACUGUUCAGCCCCAAGUGGAAUUGAUUUCCAACUGACCCGUCCUAGAAUUGGCUCUGAGGUGUUUGUACGCGGGGGGGAAGAGUAAAGAAAACUCAUCAUUUGUAUAACCAUAACCAGAACCUGGUACCUGGUAAUCCCAAAAUGUGCCAUUGACUUGAGGUACAAUCAAACAGAAACUACUUUAAAAUCUAAGCUAAAAUCGAGUUUUAUAAAAACCAACUCAAUGGAAUUUCAAGAUCAUAUCUUUGUAGUACAUAUGUUAUAUCUCUAAAGAAACAAACAAAUUGUUCUAUGUUUGAUUGUCAAGUUUUAAUUUUCAUAUCAUAAUUUUUUUUCGCUUUUAAUUUUUUAAUUUGUAUUUUAUGUUUGCCUGUAUGUGUGAUUGAUUGUCUACUAUAUAUAAACGUGUAACUGAUAUUAGUUUAGAAACGAAACAAGUCAAAAACAAAAGAUUAUAAAAAAAACAAAAACAAAACAAAAACAAAUACUAAAGCGUGAGUUAUCCUAGCAAACCAUUGUUUCGAAAUUAUCAUCAAAUAAAGAAACAACAACAACAAAAUUCAAUUCAAAACACAAAACGAAUAUAUCAAAAAAAAAUUAUAGUUCUUAAGUUUUUGCAUGAGAAAAUUUUGUUUUUAUUUUUUAUUAUUAUUAUUUUUGGUUAUUUGAAACUCUAAGACUGAAAUGGCUUGUUAUGGAGAAAACACGUCCUACAAUUCACUAUUAAACAACAACAACAAAAACUACAAAAAUAUACAACAUAUAAUAUGAAACAUCACAUUAAACAACAGUUCAAUGUCUCUAAUUGUUUUUGUGCCUGUGAACCCGACUUUGAAACUUAGUUUUAAGCGAAAUGUACAUAGAUUACAACCAUAUAUAUACACGUAGUUAUAUAUCAUAUACCAGAAAAUUGCCUGUUAUAUACAUUUAUAUACAUUUUACCUAUGCGUUUAGUUUUUUAAAGAAUUAGCUGUAGUCCUUAGAGGUUAUUUAGUUAUAAGUUGCCACAAAAAAGGCCCCUAAAAAUCUGACAACAAUUUGUCAACUAAAACUUUAUGAUUAUUUAGUUUUUAACAGAUUUGCCAAUUGCAACAAGCAAGUUGCAAGAACACAACAUGUACACACAGUGAAAUUAUGAUACAACGAGCUAACAUAUUAUAUAAUAUUAUUAUGCUCACUUGUCAUAAACAAAAUAAAAUAUUUUUGAAAAGAAAAAA